UUCCACGGGGUCCCUGAUGUGAAGGUGAUGCGAUCUGGGAUUUUUCCCCUGUCUUCUUCUUCUUAUUCUUCUUCUUCUUCUUCAAGGGCUGCCGCACAGCUGCUGCUUCUUUAAGAGCCACCGCCCGCCCCCUCUCUUGUAUUUUUAGCUGAGCCAGCUACUUCAUUUGCUGGAUGAGGCAGACAGUUGUGUGACCGCACUCCAUCCUGAAUAAAUGACAUCAAACCCCAUCCUGCGGAACCGCCGCGGGCCUCCAGCCAGCUGCGCCCUGGACACCAUCCUCCCUGGGAAGCAGCAGCGUCGCUCCGCGGAGGUCGGAUGCUGAAGCGCGCAGUCACUCUGUGGAUGCUCGUUAUUAUGAAACGCAGCGCCGCGCCGGGUACCCAACAUGGAGCGCCUGUGAGAUCAGAUGAACUAAAUCAGUUUCGCUCCUGAAUCGCCGUGGAGGAGCGCUGCAGCCUCUUUUCUCCGCAUCCUCCCGUUUCCUCCUGGACUGGGGAUAAGAAAAAGCCUUCAAAACGGAGGGGGUGGUGGAGCACCGAGGGAAAAAUAGGGGCAACAUGAGAGAGCGGGACUUUAUGCCCAAUAUGGAGAGGGGCAAACCUGCCACUUAUACGGGGGACAAGAAGGCUAAGAUGGCUGCUAAGACGAACAAGAAGUGGGUGAGACUAGCCACUGUUUUUGCAUAUGUGUUGUCGGUGUCCUUAGCGGCGAUCAUCCUGGCCAUUUACUACAGCCUGAUCUGGAAACCGACCAGCGCGUCCUCCUCGUCUGGGAAGCCCGGGGUGCCCGACGGGGUCACCCCCGGCGCCAACAUGUCGACCGACAGCACACUUUCCCCAAACAACACUGUCUCGGAGUGGAACUCUACGCAGACCAGGUUGCUGGCGGUCAACACCACCCUGCUGGGCACGGCGGCGCGCGCACAGGCGUUUCAGUGGGAUGGCAGAGCCGAGCGGGUGUCCAUGGCCCCGCGUGCGCACUCCCAGCUCAAGGAAGAACUGUAUACACCUCCUCAUGGCCACAAGGGCGCAGAGAGAUCGGCGACACGCGCGUCUCAAACUAGUCAAUCCAUCCCGACGAGCACCAGGGAGCCUCUGAGCCAGGAGGAGGAGGAGGAGGAGAUGCGCAACGACGAGCGCGAGCGAGCGCCCGGGGAGGAGGACGCUCUCCGACCGACCUAAAAGGAAAUCAGGACACGGAACGAGGCGCGGGCCUAUCACUGUUUUCAUUUCAAACUGACUCAAGAUGGAGUGUUUGCCAUUCCCGCAGGUCGGAUAACACCCUGGUCCAAUAUUAGAGCCUAAAAACUUCCCUAGAAGAGAGCUGUUUUUCUUCUCAACACACUGUACCCCUUUUACUAUGCGUUUUUGUUACUCUUGUUUUAGGCCAUCUGUAUGCCUUAAUGUCUCUCAUUUACCUCAGACUCCUUCUGAGGUCGCUUGUUUGCCCAAAUCUGUGGACAAAUCCUGUAUUUAUUGAACAGCGAGGAGCCAGAAGGUGCUUUUGCAGAGCAGAAAGCGCUUAAAAAUCACUGCCACUUAUCCGUCCUUUUAACUAAGUUCUGUAUUUAUGAAUUUUUAGAUUCUUCUGAUGGAGCAAAGUCUGGAUUUUUGUUCAAAUAUCCUGCUUUCCUUAAGUUCUGCUCAGGUACAGUAUGUGCAACCAUGUAAACGUAUUGUGUCUUUGGUUAUAUACAAUAGGACAGGCAUACAUCUUUUGGCCUUGAUCAACUUUUAGUCUAUUUAGAGGAUUUUUAUUAAAGGUACACUAUGUAGUGUAAGUACUAUAUAUUACAAAGUACAAAUAAACAACCUUUAAAAAAGA